GCCCCCCGCGGGGGCCCCCGAGGCGGCGGCGGCGGCGGCGGCGGCGGCGGGGGUGAGCGCGCGGCGGCGCUGGUUUCCAGGGCACCGCGGAGUCGGAGCGGUCUCGGCCUCCCUCUCGGGGCCGGGCCCGUGCCGCCCUCGCUGGCGCCAUGUACCGCAGCAGCGGCCGCUCCUCGGUCUCCUCGCAUCGGCCUAAGGAGAGCGGCGGCGUCGGCGUCGGCGGCGGCGGCUCCCGCAACAGCCGCAGCGCCGGCUCCUCCUCCUCCUCUACCGGGCCGGUACGCCGCGCUUCCCCGCCGCCUGUCUCCUCCUCCUCCUCGGCCUCUUCCCGGCCCCCGUGCCGCCGGCCCCGCUCCCCUUCGGGCCACCGCGGCCGCCACUCCCCGUCCCCGCCGCCGCACUCUGUCCGCGGCCGCCGGCGCGGUUCUCCGUCUCCUCCGUGGAGCCGACGCGGGUCCCCGAGCCCGCCGCGGGGCCGCCGGGGCUCUCCGUCCCCGCCUCGCUCUCGCCGGGCCUCGCCUUCUCCGACCCGGCCCCGACGCCUGUUCCCGUCGGGCUCCGGCGGCUUCCGCGGCAGCAGCCGCUCGUGCUCCCGCUCCGACUUCGCCCGGGACGGCCGCGGAGACCAUCCGGGUGACAGCGGCAGCCGGAGGAGAUCUCCUGGACUUCGUUCUGAAUCAUCAGUGGAACAAAGCUUGCGAAUCACUGUUGGCAAUGACCGAUUUUGCCUUGGCUCACCUGACCCCCGGAGGCUUAAUGAUCGAUUAGGGUCUCCAGUGGAUAACCUGGGUGACAUAGACAGGGAUGACCUGGCUGAUGGUCCUAUCUUCACACAUAGUUCCCAGUGCUCUCGGGGCCUUGAGCGCUACACCACUCGGGAAGAAGGGCCUCUUAGCCCUUUUCUGGGGCGGCUGGAUGAGGACUACAGGACAAGAGAGGCCUUCCUCCAUAGGUCUGACUAUAACCCCCAUGUUAGCCGUCAUGAUGAUCUCCUUCGAGACAGAGACAAACUCAAAGUCUCCUACUCUGUUCGAUCUGAGGAAAGAAGCCGGGAAGCCAAACGAUCCCGAUAUGAUGACAGUGAGAAGAUACAUAGUUUGGGUGGGGACCACCCUAACUAUGCUUCAGGUGCUCGAAACUACCGCCAACGAAGGCAUAGCCCAAGCUCUCGGUUCAUGGACCCUGAGUUCAGGGAAUUGGACCUUGCUAGGAGAAAACGGGAGGAAGAGGAAGAGCGAAACAGAAGCAUGGGUCAGGAUCUAGUGGGGGUAGAUAGCAGCAGCAGCAGCAGUUGUACCAUCUCUGGAGUAUCAGGGUCAGAGCCAGGAUAUACAGUGCAUCGACCAGAGGAUGUACCUAUGAUGCCCAAGAAGUCCAUUCUGAAGAAGCGAGUAGAAGUGGUUGUGGAGCCUUCUCUGCAGAUGGAGAGUUUUUCUAGCAGUACCAAUUCUAGUCAAGAACUUCCUCUCAUCUCUGGCCACCCAUCUCUUCCCCCAAGCAGUGCUACAGUCCCUUUUGCUUCAGAGGUUGAAAACAACAAAGGAGCCCUGACAGAGACUGCAUUGAAGGAACCCCAAGAAUCCUAUCAGUGGGGUCCCCUUUCUGGACUCCCUAAGGAUACUAGCCCCCUCAGAGAGAAGUUUGGGAGUUUUCUAAGCCACAAGGAGAAAAUAGAUGGGAAGGUUGAGUCUGGUGAGCGGCACACAGAUUUUUUGUUGCCUCAUGAGAGAGCCAGCCAGGAUGGCAGUGGCUUUUCUCGAAUUCUGGGUAUGUUGGCAGAGCCUACCAGUGCCCAAGAAAAGAGACGACGUAGCUUUCCAGACAUAGAGGAUGAGGAAAAGUUUCUCUAUGGGAAUGAAGAAGAGGACUUGAAGCCAGAAUUCCCACCAAAGUCACUUGGAGGCCUUGGUAGUGAAGCCCGGAGAGAGAGAGCAAACUCCUCUCCCUCCCCAUCAUCAGCUCUGAAAUUGGAAGGGCGAGAUGAAACCAAUCCAGAAUAUGCGAAAAUCCAUAACUUGCUGAAGACCAUAGGGCUGGAUAUUGGGGUGGCAGAGAUCAGCAAAUUGGCUGUGCGCACCCAGGAACGACUCCAUGGAAAGAAAUUUCCCUCACAUUCCUCACUUGAUCGACGUUCAGUUGAUCGGCGUUCUUUAUCUGAUCGAAGUUCUUCAGACUCACACAGACUGGAAAGCAGGGAGGCACGGCGGAGUGAUACUCGGUCCCCUGAGAUGUCUAGACCACAUAUGGCUUCUCCUGUGGAUCCUUAUCUGAGGGCAAAGAACAGCCCUCCAUUCCUCAAGUCUGACCAUUCCAUGAGUCAGAUCCCAGGACCAGAAGUGGCCAACAGUGGGCCCCGGGCAUCUGCCAUCAGAUGUCUGAUUCCCUCAGCCCCAGCUCCCCCCAUUAGACUCCCACAUUGCACUUCCUCUGUGACUCAAUUUCAGAUUCCCACUAAUACACAGUUCUCUGCGGCUCAGAUUCCACCAGACUACCAGACACCUCCUAUCCCUCCUUCUACUUACGAUGCCUAUAGACAUUACAUGGCAUAUGCAGUCUCUGCUUGGCCCAUGUAUCCUUCCCCCCAACAACCUAGCCAUCCACUGACUGAUCCUCACAGACUCAUACCUGUCACUAAGCAGGUCACCCCUAGCCGCCCCAACCUUCGUGUGAUCCCCACCAUACCCCCUGCUGAAUCCAAGAGGGAAGAAUCAAUGUUAGUUCCCAUCCCUGUCAUCAACAACUCCAACAAGGUGCCUGUUCGAUUACCCAUUCCACCACUUAUGAGAUACAAUCCAGAAAAGAUCUCAGAUGAGAAGAACCGGGCUUCACAGAAGCAGAAGGUUAUAGAAGAGAGGGAAAAACUGAGGAGUGACCGGGAUGCACGGCAGAAGAAGAUGUACUAUCUCAGGACUGAGCUGGAUCGGCUUCAUAAGCAGCAAGGGGAGAUGCUCCGUAAGAAACGACGGGAGAAAGAUGGCCACAAAGACCCACUCCUGGUGGAGGUGAGCCGACUGCAGGACAACAUCAUGAAGGACAUGGCAGAGCUGCGGCGUGAGGCAGAGGCAGCAGAAAAGAAACAGUCUGAGCUGGACAAGGUGGCUCAGAUCCUGGGGAUCAACAUCUUUGAUAAAACCCAAAAGCCUUCUAAUGAUAGCAAAGAGUCGUCAGAGAAGUCUGGGAAGGCUGAGAAAUCCAAGAGCCCAGAAAAAGUGUCUCCAUCCUCUAACAACUCUUCCUCCUCCUCCUCUUCCUCCUCCUCUUCCUCUAGCAAGGAAUCAAAAUCGAAUAAUGAGAAGUCUCAUGCCAAGAGCCCCAAGCCCACAGAUACUUCAUCCCAGCCCUUGGCUAAGCAGUCUUCUCAGCUGGCUACUGUGUAUGAAUAUUAUGAUGCUGGGAACCACUGGUGCAGAGAUUGCAACACCAUUUGUGGGACCAUGUUUGAUUUCUUUACUCACAUGCAUAAGAAGAAACAUAGACAGACACUGGAUCCCUACAACAGACCUUGGGCUUCGAAGAUCCAGAGUGAGGCCAAGCAAGAUAACACCAAGCGCGCUGAUAAAAUAACAGUCCCUGCCAAAGGCUCUGAAUUUCUGAUUCCCAUCACUGGAUAUUACUGUCAACUCUGUGAGGAAUUUUUUGGGGAUCCAAUUUCUGGAGAACAACAUGUGAAGUGUCAUCAGCACAAUGAGAAGUAUAAGAAAUAUGUGGAUGAAAACCCGCUGUAUGAGGAACGAAGGAAUCUGGAUCGUCAGGCAGGUUUGGCUGUGGUCCUAGAGACUGAGCGCCGAAGGCAGAAUGAGCUUAAGCGAAAAUUGAGUGAGAAGCCAAAGGAGGAAACGGAUGAGAAGAAGGCAAAAGUGGUGAAAGAAACAAAGGAAGAUGAAGAAAAGCUUUCUGAAGAACUAGACGAACAGCUCUCUGAGACAUGGAACUCCCCAGACAAGCUUGAGAACAAGCGAAAGAUGAUCAUAAAACUCCAGCUGAAAGAAGAAACAAAGGAGCCACAGACAUCCUCCUCCUUUGGGAAGUUCAGCUGGAAGAAGUCAGAAAAGGAUGAUGAAAAAACCUCUGGGGUAGCCCCAAGCAUCCCUAAAGAAGAGAGUAUAGAAACCAACAAGGACAAAGAGGAUGGCAAAGCUCAGGCUGGAAAAGUGAAGCCCAUUGAGAUCAAACUAUCUGGGAAAACUGUCAUUGCCCACACUAGUCCUUGGAUGCCUGUUGUUGCCACCUCUACCCAGGCCAAAAUCCGGCCCAAUCUUCCUAUCCCCACCACAGUGCUACGCAAGUCUGGCUCUGCAACAGUGAGCAAACCUGCACCUCUUAAUACUUUCCUGUCCAUUAAAUCUUCAGGGGCCACUACCAAACCUCUGCCAGUGGUCAAAGAGUCUUCGACUGAUCUUCUGCUACCUCCUGAUAUAAUCUCUAAGGCAUUUGGUGGGGAAGAGGUGAUCUUAAAAAGUUCCCCAGAGGAAAAGACUGUGGUAGCUGAGAAAAAUGAGCCAGCUCCCAUACCUGAACAGCUAUUGCCACCACCUCCCCCACCUCCACCGCCGCCACCACUCCCAGUUACACCUAAGUCAGCUUCUACACCACCUGCCCAAACAACCACUGUGCUGUCUCCGGUCAAGUCAACUCCUACCUUAUCCCAGAUCUUGACCCCUGGUAUAGGGGGAUCUAACCUUUUGACCCCAGUCUUGCCAUCUUCCAUCUUGGCUCCGGUACACCCUACUGCCAUCCCUUCAGAUGAGGUGGCUCCUGGAGUGAGUGAGAGUGACCAUGACCAGGCUCUGCUGUCUGUGCUGGUUCGUCCUCCACCACCACUCUCAGGUGUAUUCAGUGAACAGGCCAAAAAACUGGAGAAGCGGAACUCAUGCCUAGCCACGGCAAAUGCCAAGGAUUUAUAUGAUAUCUUCUACAGCAGUGGUGGGAAAGGGAAUCCAGAAAGCAAGCUGGGCAAUAGCACAUUGUCCAAUGGGGAGAGCAGCAACUACUCUAAAAAUGAGAACUCUGAUAGUUCUUCCAGUCCUAAGGAGAGUGGUAUCUUCCUAAGGGGGAUGUCCCAGGACAAGGGUUUGACCAGUGUUCCUUUGGACAGUUGUCUGGCCAAGUCUAAUGCAAAGACUAUGGAAUCUCCAAAACAGCAGACAAUUGUAGAACAGAAUUUGGGACUAAAGAGUAGAGGUUGCCUACAGCCUCUUACAGGAACGGACUUUGGUACUACUUCUCUGGCAGAUGACCAGGUUAAGCCCCAGGAGGAAGUCAACCCAGAGGCAAGUGCUUCAACCAUGUUUUCCUCUAGUUCUUAUGAGAGUGAGACCAAUAGGGACAUACGUCUGGAGGGGGAAGCUGACCUCAACUCAGGAGAGCCAGGUCCUCCUGGUGUAGAGGAGCCAGCCCCCCAGAUGUCAGACAUAUUGUGUCCUGCCAACUUGGUUGAUACAAAGGAUCUUGGAAUAGUUGAUAGCCAGGCUAAAAGGAUUUCAGAUCCCUACCUAGCCGAAGAGCAUUGUGCAGAUGAGGCAGAGGCAGCCACAGAACUGGAAGAUGGGAGAUUAUUACUCUCAGAGGGUGUGGGGAAAGAAAGAAUAGGUGACCAGGUUGAGGAGCUCCAGACUUUGUCAUCCAUAGUACCGAAGGAUUCCAAGGAAGACAGCCAUGCAUGGAAGAAAGAAGCCAAACAGACCAAAUUGCUAGGUGAGGUAAUGACAGAACCAUGUAUACAAGCUCUGUCUGCUCUGGAGAUCAAAACAGACUCCAAACAGACUCCAGAUACUAGAUUUAUAUCCCAGACCCCACAAUCAAUAGGUGUUCAACAUUGUGCCGAAGAAUCAUCUUUCCAAUCCAUACUCAAACGAAAUAUUUAUUUAACAAGCUGCCCACAAGUGCAGGCUGUAUUAGCUAGUUUUGAGGACUGUCAGGAAGACCAAUCCCCUGAGCCAACUGGUAGAACACCUAAGAUCAGAGGCUUCAAACCAAUGGGGAAAAAGCCAAAGGAAAAGCUGAAGAAAAUGGUCUACCAAUCAGCUGUUUUGGAAAAGGAGACCAAGAAGCCUGAGAACAUAGAGAUUCCAAAGGGACAAGAAUCAGGAUCCUCAGACUUGUCCAUUACCUGUACUGAACCAAUAUUGGCCACAGAAAGCAAACCUAUAGGUCUUGAAACUACAGACUUAAAGAAACCUCGUGCCUCAGGCAAGCCAUCUGUUUUCUCCAGUGAUCCAUCAAAACCAGUCCAAGGGUUCUUGUCUGGCCAGUCUAAGAAUAUACAUGUAGGGAGAUUUUCGUGUUCCACUCUUUCUGAAUUUCGUUUUGUACUUCCUGAAACCACAGAACUUGACUUAGAGAUGAAGGAUAAACAAAACUCUAAGCCCGGAAAUGAGAAGAUGCUUACCUCUGAUACUUUGAAAACUCAGCCGGAAUUGAAAGUUGACACGGACAUGGAGGUAGCACAUGAGCCCUUAGACCUCCAGGCUGAAGGAAUGCUGUCUGUGGAUACGGAAAAGACUUUCAAGUUAGAGGCUGAGGGGUCACUAGGACUGGAGUCAGAUACCGUCUGCUCUCCAGGCCUUCGGCCUUCUGCCUGCCAGCCAGACCUGGUCAGCAUUGUAACGUCGGUCUCUGAGAAGCAGGAAGAGAAGCUUUGUUCUCUACCCUCUGAGCCAAGUGAUUUGCCUGAGAGUAGUAGCCUAGAUACAAGCACAGAGUUUCAGAGUCCCCACUCUGUGAUAGAGACUUUUUCUCAGAUGGACAAAGACAGCACUUUGAGUGCUACAGAAAUGCCGGCCUUAAGUUAUCCUGGAAAGGAAUGGGUUAUCAGUGCUGCUAUAGGCCCUAAGGAAAUGUCAACGCAGGAGGAAGGUACAGUUGAUGCUACCUAGGACCACACAAAAUCUAGUGUUACCAGUGUUAGAGAUGGAGAGAAGAGAAUGUUCAGAGCCCCAUGUAAAUAAGUUGUCUUGGCUUCUAGAACUCUGGUAUUUUAGAGGGUCCAGGAACUGACUGGUCCUUUAUUUUGGAGACACCAUGUAAUGGUGCAUUUAUCCUACAAUGAAUAUUGGUUGAAGUUAGAAAACACAACUUCCUUCUCCCUUUCUAAAAAGUACUACACAUACCACAUCUUCAUCUGUACAGAUGUUUAAAAAAAGAGAGAAUAUUUUUUUUCUGUGAAUUCUUUUGCCAAUUUCUUUUCUCGUACUUUGCCAUUAAAACUGGAUCUCUAUCUGGCUCAAUACAUGGUGUGUUUUUGGUUGUAUUUUGGCUUUGACUCUGACAGUUAUUAGAUUUGGGGGAAGGAGGGAACUAGGGUCUACUUAAAAAAGUAUUUUGCUGUACCCAUACCUGGUUCCAUUCUGUGGGGAUGCUGAUGGAUCUCCUAUUGGGAAAUACCAUAAAGCUUGCUGAUUUGGGAAAACUGUGGAUAAAUGGAGAAUGAUGUUUCUUAAGUAUUCGGCCUGGGUGACUUUGCCUUUGUGUUGUUUGAAAUGAAGUGUGAGUAGUUCAUUUUUUUUUCACUGUCUUUCUUGAUCUGUGGCAUGUUAAUCUCCCCAAAUCCCUUGACUAUUUACCUGUGCUUGAGACCAUCCCGUCCACCCACAAACCUGUAUGGAUUUGGCCUCAGUAAACAUGGAAGAAAAUCUAGCUGACUCCCUUUUUGGAAGACAACAAAUCGGUAAGGCUCAUGGCUCGACGCCUGGACCAGACACACUUUGAGGUCACUUACAUGAUUUUAAAUGGCCUUUAAUUCAUUGUAUUGUGAUCCAGUAACUUUUUGUGUUAAAUCAUUUAGCAGCUGAUCCUGCACUGAAGAGGCUGAAGACCUGAACCUUAUCUUGGGAUCAGACUCGGUCCUUGUGCCAGGAACCCUUGUGUGCCCCUCCCUUCACCUCCCAUCCUUCCAGGCCUCUUCCACCAUAGAGUGGUGUUUUGGGUUGUAUAUUUUGUUAAAAAAAAAAUUAAAGAAUUCAUGUGUUUGGCUUAUACAAGUUUAAUUGUUUUAUUUUUCAUUGUAAAUCACCUUGGAAUAAAUAUAUUGAUCCAA